AUAGCAUUGACCGAGAUGCCUACCUGCCGACACAUCAACUUACCGCUAGUAGUAGUCGAUCCAGGCGAAACCACGCAAUUGCUACUAUCUCCAAAUGACCACGACGGCAGUGGUUUAUCGUUGAGCGAAGCUAGGAGAAGAAUCAUUGCGGUGAGUGAUCUGCCGGAAACUGCGAGACUGAUGAUUUCACAUAUUCACCAGUCUGCUGCACGGAGAGACUCGAGGAUGGUGUGGUGUCGAUCUUGCCAUUGUCUCUCUCUGUUCCCUCUUCUUCUUCCUUUUCUUUCAUUAGCCUCAGUAAACCAAGCUCGGAUACGUGUGAGCAGAGGUGCCAUUGCGGUCAUGGAAAAGGGAAUCAAACAACCCAGGGCGAUGAAUAGAGGCUGGGAGGGUGGUGCUGUGCUAGAUCAUUUGCGGGAUGCCUGA